GAGCUUAAGCAGGUAUGUGAAAAUCAUUUGAAUGUUUGUUAUUUAGCCGAGUAGUAGUUUUUUUUUCAUCUGUCUUUCUGAAGCUGCUGCGGCGGGAAAAGUAACAGUAACGAUACUGAAAGAAAACAGUAAAAUGACAUUAAGAUCGGGGAAAGGUGUUAAGGAGUUGUAGGAGUAAAUGAGGGUUAUCAUUAAACCUGUAAAUAUGUGAAUUAAUAGAUUAGUCCAGAUUGACUAACUUUUGCUCUGCAGACUUAUAAAAGGGAAGUUCACCCGAGGAAAAGGUCACGCUGUUUGCUACGUGACCGUUUGACAUGUCUUCUCAGAACAAAAUGUUCGUGCGCUAUUAUAAAGACAAAGCGCCAGUGGAAAAUUAGUUUCACAACAGGCGUUGUGAAACCGGCGCUUCCUGUUUUGCUUUCUGCAUAACAAGUCUCACAGCAAGCGCUGUAGUCCGCCAGAGCUUUGUGGAGGGACCUCCAUAGCGGGAUCGCUGCACAACUCUCCUUGCAAGUAAAGAAUACAACCAUACAACCAUAAUGGAGGCAGUUAAUUCUCCAGGCAAAGCCUCACGGCAAGUUCCUGGUGAGGAGGACAAGCCAAGACGGAAACAUAAAGGAAGACCCAAAAGACACUGCUGUGAUGAUUGCAAGAAAGUCUUCACCACUUCAUCAAACCUGAAGAGCCAUAAGAAAACUCACACUGGUGAUAAACCGUACAGCUGUGAAGAGUGUGGAGCGGCUUUUGCCCAACAAGCACACUUAACGACACACCAACGUAUUCACACUGGAGACAAGCCUUACAGCUGUGAAGAGUGUGGAGCGGCUUUUGCCCGAAAAAGUAACCUAAAGCGACACCAUCCUAUUCACACCGGAGACAAGCCUUACAGCUGUGAUCAGUGUGGAGCGGCUUUUGCCCGACAAGGUACCCUAAAACAACACCAGCUUAUUCACACUGGAGAAAAGCCUUACGGAUGUGAGCAGUGUGGAGCGGCUUUUGCCCAACAAGCUCACCUAACGACACACCAACGUAUUCACACUGGAGACAAGCCUUACAGCUGUGAAGAGUGUGGAGCGGCUUUUGCCCAACAAGCUAACCUAAAGCAACACCAACUUAUUCACACUGGAGACAAGCCUUACAGAUGUGAAGAGUGUGGAGCGGCUUUUGCCCUACAAGCUAUCCUAAACCAACACCAACGAAUUCACUCUGGGGAAAAGCCUUACAGCUGUGAAGAGUGUGGAGCGGUUUUUGCCCAGAAAGGUACUUUGGCGAUUCACCAACGUAUUCACACUGGAGAAAAGCCUUACAGAUGUGAUCAGUGUGGAGCGGCUUUUUCCCACCAAAGUUCUCUAACGAGUCACCAGCUCAUUCACACUGGAGACAAGCCUUACAGAUGUGAGCAGUGUGGAUCAGGUUUUACCACAUCAGGUCAGCUCACGAGACACCAACGUAUUCACACUAGAUAAAAAGUGUAAAUUUGUGAUCAUUGCUUAUAUAAUUUAUUUUGAAAGUUCAGUUGUGCACCAAAUUAGUUUGGUUAACUUAGUUUGAAAGGUGUUUGUGUUUAGUUAGUUGUUGUUUAUGUGUAGUUUAGGCAUAGGAAUUUAUCCCAAGUUUUGUUUCACGUUCUUUUAAGACCUUUGUAAAUACAUUUGGAUUAAUUUGAAUGAGAGAAGUUGUUUGUGUUUAGUUAGUUGUUGU